AUGUAUGACACUAGAUAGAUACAUUUUGAUAAAGAUUCUUCUCUUCAUAAUAUAAGUAAUCUUAGUGAUAAAAAGGAUUAUCAUUUUUAUCAAAGAGAUUUAUUAGCAGAGUUAAAUCAUAGUUAAUAAAGAUUAACUGUUUAAGAAUUGGAGAAUAAAGUUGUGAUGUUAGCAACAGAAAAUGAAAGAUUAUUAUCAUAGUUAAGUGAAAAAAAUAGAGAAAUAGAUUUAUUAUUAGAAGAAUAAAGAAUGUUGUAGAAUGCUUAUUAAUCAUAAAAGGAUGAUAGAUAUCGAGCAAUAGAAAAUAGAACUACUAAAAUGAUUUAUGAAAAUGAAAAGGUUGUUUUAAUGAAUUAGAGUUUAUAAAUAUAAUUGGAAGAACUCUCUUAUUAAUAUGAAUCAUUGUAAAAAAAGUUUUAAGUUGAAACAGAAAUAAUUGAAUAAAAAUGGAAAGCUCAUUAUGGAGAAUUGUAUGAAUAAUAAAAUAAGAAUCUUACUGCAAAUGUUGAAAAGGUUUUGAAUGAAUUAAAAUAAAAUUAAGAGCUUAUAUAAUCUUAUGAAGAAAAAUUAAAAAAUUGUUCAAAAGAAUUGCAAAUGGCUAAAGAAUAAUUGGAUUUUAAAGAGAAAAAAGGAAAUGAGUUAUUAAAUAAUAAUCAAUAAAUUAGUAAUAUCAUAGAAUAAUAGGAUACACUUAUAAAAAAGAAUACAGAAAAGAUCUAAUAAUAAUAAAUAUCAUUAGAAUAAUAACUUAAUGAAAAUAGAUAAUAAAAAUAGAAAUUAAUUAAUUAUGAAAAAGAUAUAGAAAGUAGAAGAAUUAAGUAUGAAGAAUUAAUAAUACAAUUUGAAGAAUUAAAAUUAUUGGAAAAAGAAGAUAGAUAGUAAUUAGAAAGAAAUGAUUAAGAAUUUUAAUAAUACAAACUUGAAAUUAAUUAGAUGAAAAAUAAUUUAAAUGAACUGAAUAGAAAUCAUAAAUUAUAACAAUAAGAAAAUUAACAUAAUUAUAACAAGGAAAUCAAUCAUCUUAAAAAAUAAAUUUAAUAAGUGAUUAUGGAAAAUGAAGAUUUAUAGAAAUUAUUAAAUUAAACAAGAUUAAAUUUAAAUAAUGAAAUUAGCAAAACAAAUAGUUUAGAGAAAUAAUUAGCAGAUAAUGCUUAAGAAAUAUAAAUUAAGGAAUAAUAAUUGCUUAUGUAAUAUAAAGAAUUGGAAGCUUAAAAAUUGAAAUUUGAUAAAUUAUUUUAAGAGAAUACAUCGUAUUUAAAAUAAUAACAAAAUCAAUUUGAUAUAAAAUUGUUAUAAAAUUAACAAUAAAAUAAAUUAGUAAUUAUUAUAUCUAUAAAGUUUAGUAAACAGAACAAAUUGUUUAAUAAAAAAAUAAAGAAAUUAAUAAUCUGAAUGAAAAAAUAAAUGUUUUAUUACAGAAAAUAGAUGAAUAAGCUUCUUAUAUAUAGCAAUUAUCUUAUCAAAGUAAUAUAAAAGGAGAAGAAAUUGAAGAAACAAGACCAUAAAUAUAAAGUCUUAGAAAUGAAUUACAUAGACUUUAAUAACUUGCAGUAGAAUAGAGUAAUGAGAUAGAUAAUUGGAAACUUAAGACAAUUCGUAUGGAAGAAAAUUAUGAAAUGUAAAAUAAAGAUUAACUUGAGAAAUUGUAAAGAUUUUAAGAUGAAAUACAAUAGCUGUAAACUAAAUUACAUAAAGUGUAAGAAGAGAAUAUCAAAAUAAGCAAUAAGUUAUAAGAAACUCUUUCUAAUUUAAAUUAAUUACAACAGUUGUUAUCAGAAACUCAUUAAUAAUUAAAAUUUGCUGAAAACAAAAUAGAAAUAUAAACUUAAGAAUUAAUAGAAACCAUUUAAUUAAGAGAUUAAAUAAAUUUACUAAAAGAAAAACAUUAGAAAGAGAUAGAGGCUUUAAAAAAAGCUGUAGAUUCAAGUUUAAAAGUUAAAAUAGAAAAAGAGAUUGCUUAAGAAAGAGAAAAACUAGAAAAUUAUUCUUAAUAAAUUACAUUAGAAAAAAGAGGAUUAGAAAAUGUUAUAUAAAAUUUAAAUACAGAAAAUUAGUUGUUAAAAACAGAAAUAAUGUAAUAAUAGGAAUAUUUUAAAUUGUAAGUUUAAGAUCUCAUUGUAGAUUAGUAAAAGCAUUUGAUUAAUAUAGAUCAUGUUUAUAAGUAUAAUCUAUUUAUUAUAAUUUUAGAUUGGAAUUAAAAGGUUUAACAGAAGCAUAAUAAAUUCAAUAUAAUUAAUUUGUAGUUUAGUUACAUUCUUAAAUUGCAUUAUUAAUAGAAGAAAAUAAAAGCCUAAAAGAUUAAUGUUAAUAAUGGUAAUAGUAACUAAAAAAAUAUGAGAAGUAAAGUUGUAAAUUAAUAAAUGAAAUGGGUAUUAAAUUUAUAUUGAUAUUUUUUAAGAAUGUCGUGUUUAAUCAUUAAAAUAAGAUAACAGUAGAUUAAUAGAUGAAAAAUGUUAUCAAAAAUCUAAAAAUACAUUUCUUGAAACUUAAAUAAAACGUUCAACUCCAGUUCGAGAAGUUCGAUCAUCUUCAACAUAUGUUGUUGGAACUCCGUAAAGAAAUAGAUAUGGAAGAUAGUCAGUUUUAAGAGAAAUAGAUUUAAUAAAUCAUUACUAUUGA